AUGGCGGCGAUGCUGCUGGUGGCCUCCUUCGCGGCAACGCCCGCCGAGAGCGCCUACACGCUCAAGUACAACUAUGCGGGCUACAACUUCUUCGACAACUUCGACUUCUGGACCCAGAAUGACCCCACCCAUGGCUACGUCAACUACGUCGACCGCAACACCGCCCAAUCGCAGGGAUUGAUUUCGGCAGGACCUCACAACUGCUACAUCGGGGCCGACCACAACAAUGUGGCGAGCGGCCGCGGUCGAUCGUCGGUGCGCCUCUCCUCGAAGGCCACCUUCUCCGACGGCCUCGUCAUUGCGGACCUCAGCCACAUGCCUGAAGGCUGCGGCACCUGGCCUGCGUUCUGGAUGGUCGGCCCUAACUGGCCUAACGGAGGCGAGAUCGACAUCAUCGAAGGAGUCAACACCAACAACGCUGACCAGACGACGCUGCACACCAGCCAGGGCUGCGAUAUGAGCGGCGAGGACCGCAGCGCCUUCACCGGUGACAUGGUGUCCACCAACUGCUGGGUCAACGCCCCCAACCAGGGCAACAACCAGGGCUGCGGCAUCCAGAACUACGCUGGGUCCUACGGGGCUCCCUUCAACCAGGCCGGCGGCGGCGUCUACGCCACGGAGUUCGGUCAUGGGUGGCCCAUCAAGGUGUGGUUCUUCCCCCGCAACAACAUUCCUGCCGACAUUCAGUCCGGCAGGCCGGUGCCCACCAACUGGGGCAAGCCCUUCGCUCAGUUCAACAUUGGCAACAACUGCCCUGCUGGCCACUUCUACGACAUGCAGAUCAUCAUCAACCUCACCUUCUGCGGCGACUGGGCCGGUUCUGUGUUCAGUUCGAGCUGCGGGCAGUACGGCAGCUGCAACAACUUUGUUCAGUACAACCCGGCGCAGUUUGGUGAUGCCUACUGGAUCUUCAACAGCAUCAAGGUGUACCAGUACCAGUUCUGA